CGUGGUCUUCCCCUUCUAAAAGCGAUGGCGGGAGAACUGGCACUCAAGCAUUCUACGCUCCAGUCGCAGCCAUCUCUAUCCUUCCCUGAAGAGACACCAAACCCUUAGGAAGAUUUACUAUCGCUAGGAGAAACUGAGGCAAAAAGGGAGCGUCUGUUUUCCUUAAAUUAGGUUUGAGGGUGCUCGGUCUCUUAAUGCCAGAUACAGCGCCCCUAUCGUGGCUCCUGGCAAGGUGCAACCCACUUUCUUGGUUUAAGGCUGGGGGCGGGGUUUGGCUGGGCAGAUCCAGGAUAUGAGAUCCUGGAGGAAAGAAAAGGUGUAGUGUUUGGGGCGGUCAGCGGGCUAGGCUGGCUUGACAGGGCUGGGCUCUUCGGAACAAGGGGGCUUGUUUGUCUGAUCCUGAGCGAUAAGGCCGGAGGCGAGAUUAUCGAAUGACAGAAACAUGGAUCUUGGAACCCCUGACCUGCUGGACGCGUUGCUGGAGCCCCCAGAAGAUAUCUUCUCAGCAGGAUCCUUCCUGGAGCUAGGACUCCACUGUCCCCCUCCAGAGGUCCCGGUGACUAGCCUACAGGAACAGGGGCUGCAAGGCUGGGAGUCCAGUGGGGGCCAUGGCUGUGGCCUUCAAGAGAGUGAGUCUGAAGAGUUCCUGAAGGUUUUCAUUGAUCCCAAUGAGGUGUACUGCUCAGCAGCAUCUCCUGGCAGUGACAGUGGCAUCUCCGAGGACCCUGGCCAUCCAGACAGUCCCUCUGCUCUAAGGGCACCCAGUUCUCCUGCCUUCUGUGAGGUUGUCUAUGAAGCAGGGGCCCUGGAGAGGAUGCAGGGAGAAACUGGGCCAACCUUAGGACUCAUCUCCAUCCAGCUAAAUCAAUGGAGCCCACAAUUUAUGGUGCCAGAUGCCUGUGUGGUCAGCGAGCUGCCCUUUGAUGCUCAUGCCCACAUCCUGCCCAGAGCAGGCACUGUAACCCCAGUGCCUCCUGCAACCUUGCUGCCCUGUCAAACUCUGUUCCUAACAGAUGAGGAGAAGCAUCUGCUGGGGCAAGAAGGAGUUUCUCUACCCUCUCACCUGCCCCUCACCAAGGCAGAGGAGAGGGUCCUCAAGAAGGUCAGGAGGAAAAUCCGUAACAAGCAGUCAGCUCAGGACAGUCGGCGGCGCAAGAAAGAGUACAUCAAUGGGCUAGAGAGCAGGGUGGCAGCCUGUUCUGCACAGAACCAGGAACUACAGAAAAAAGUCCAGGAGCUGGAGAGGCAUAACAUCUCUUUGGUGGCUCAGCUCCGCCAGCUACAGACUCUCAUUGCUCAAACCUCCAACAAAGCUGCCCAAACCAGCACUUGUGUUCUGAUCCUUCUUUUUUCCCUGGCUCUCAUCAUCCUGCCCAGCUUCAGCCCCUUUCAGGCUCUACCAGAAGUUGGGUCUGAGGAUUACCAGCUUCAUGGAGUGAUUUCUAGAAAUAUCCUGACCCACAAGGACAUGACAGAAAAUCUGGAGACCCCAAUGGUAGAGUCCAGACUGGGGGAGCUGCCUGGAGCCAAGGAUGCUAAUGGCUCAACAAGGACACUGCCUGAGAAGAUGGGAGGGAAGACAGGACCCAGUGGGCACAUCAGAACUCUGCUGCAUGCAGAUGAGAUGUGAACUGGAACAGAGACCUUCCUGGCCUUCUUCCCAAUCACAAUAAGGAAUCCAGAGCUCCUCUAAGGCUCUGCUUCCCCCUGGGAUUUCCACUCAGGUGUCUCUGCCCUCAAGGGUCUAAAUCACUUCAGGAUACCCUAGGAGAUGUCUGUAACCUGAGGCCCAGGCUCACUACGUGAGAAGGCACCUCAAAUACUUUGGUUAUGUAUCUGUGAUUUUAUUUCUUCUUUAGGCAUAGGGUUGAGGGAAAACAAGUUUUGACUGAGAAAUAAACUUUUUAGCUGACAUUGUAUCCCAGAAGUUUUAAGUAGUAGAAGGGGAAGCUAGGUUCUUGGUAGGUAGGGGCCUAAAGUUGCCACCCCCUUUCCCUCUC